AUGUCGGUGCAUAUUAUGUGUUUGACUUCUUCAGGAGGAAUUCCUUUGUUUUCACGCCAAAAGGGAGACAGUGAUACGAUGACGUUUUCGAAAAUUGCAUCCCUCAAUGGAGUUCACAUGUUCUUAAAAUCACAGGACAUCACUCUUUUAAACACAGAUUUACCGGAUGUGACCGUGGCAUGGAAGGAAUUUGAGCGAUGUAUCAUACUGAUAGCGAUUGCAAGCGGUGUGACAAAAUAUGUGCUGGAUAAGUUUUUGGACGCCACCUUUGGCGCAAUGGUUCUGUUUACUGGCAUGGAUGAAAUAAAAAACUCAAGGAACAUAGAGAGACUCAAGAAAGAUAUGCGUCUCUGCAGUCCUAUCAUUGAUAAAUUAAUGGACUGCUUGGAUACAGGGGACAAGAAUUCGACGAAAACCGAUAUGAUUAACAUGACAGAGUGCACUCUAUCGUCCGAAAAUCAUUUGCUCCAGACUUGUUUAGAGGGAUUUAUGGACUGUUUGGACUCGAUGUAUGGAUGCGUUCUAGUACACGGUUGCGUGGCAGCUGCUACAGAGGGCUGGUGGUCGCUCGAUCCCGUAGAAAGAAAGUUAUUAACAAUAGCGAUCGCUUCGGAGAGUAUUUGUACCACACGAGACAUUCCAGUGUUCUUGCCUUGUAAAAGUCCAAAUGUAGCCUUCAGAUUGGUAUCUGUAACUCUAAUUAAUCAUGUGGAAGUUCUGGCGUUAUGUGGACCAAAUCCAGAAUUGACGGAAAUCGAGAGAUUUGCUAUGCAAUGUUGGAAAAGCAAUAUGGACACAUUGUGCACCGUUGAGCAAUGUUAUCCACAAAAUUUGCCUACCUUGAUCUUUUUAGAUAGCGAAAUACUCGGAUUUCUGUUGGCAAAUUACAAGGUAGAAAAAUUCGUGCUUGGCAGAAACUCUCAAUGUGCGAAAAAUCGCGCAACAGGGUCGCACAGAUUGGAUAUUUUGCGGACAUUUUAUCAUCAGGCAGUCGAAAUGUUUGCGCUGUCGUCAAUCGAACAUGAAGAGAGCAACGACGAAAGCACAAUAAACGCGAGUGCCUGGAAAUUUGUCGGGGCGAAGGAAACGUACUUGUGCUCUGAAUAUCACAAGUGUCACGCUGUGAAACACGGUGACAAUAUACUUUGCGUUUUAUACACGUCUGUAGUGCCUACUCAUACCAUGAGACUGAUUAGUCAGAAAAUACUAAAAAUUAUAUUUAGCGAUAAGCAAACGUAUUGGUAACUUUCUUUUUAAUAAUUUUAUAAUGUAUAAAAUAAAAAAAAACUAUUUUGUAUUAAUGUA